AUGUUCGUCCUACCCGCAUCGCUCGUGCUCUCCUCCACCCUCGCCCUCGCCGCGCCCCAAGUCGACCUCCUCAUUGACCACGGCUUCCAACACACCGGCCCCAUCAACCUCAAACAAUCCGGCGUCCUAUCCCGCGUCUCCGCGCGCAAAGGCCAGCCGUUCCACUUCGGCUCGACGCUCAACACCACGCGCUCGCACGUCGCGUGGACGAGCGAGGUGUUCAGCACGUUCUGGGGCCAUAUGGUCGCGGAGGACGGGUGCAAGUGGUAUGCGACUGAGCCGGACCCGGGCAGGCCGAGUCUCGCGGAUUGUAGGCCCGUGCAGGAGUAUGCGGAGCAGCAUGGGAAUUCGUUUAGGGGGCAUAAUACGUUCUGGCAUCAAGAGCUUCCCGACUGGCUCCCCGGUAACUUCAGCGCCCACACCCUCGUCUCCAGCAUCAUCCCCACCCACGUCCGCGCCGAGAUCAGCGGCAUGGGCCCCGCCGUCACGUCCUGGGACGUCGUGAACGAGCCGAACGGCGAUAACGUCACGUUCGGCAUGACGCCGCUCGAGUGCGUGCAGAACAAGGACGUCUGGCCGACCGUCGUAUCGGACGGAUCGACCGUGCCGCUCGUCAAGGAUCUGUCGUUCUUGUAUGCGGCGUUUAGUGCGGCGCAUGAGGCGGCGGGUCCGGGGACGAGGUUGGCGUUGAACGACUAUAACACCGGUGGCAAUGACGCGAAAACGGCCUGCGCGAUCUCCGUCCUCAAAGAUAUCCAAGCGCACACCAAGAUCCCGUUCGACCGUCUCGCGAUGGGCUUCCAAAGCCACGUCCAAGAAACGAACUUCGUGAGCAAGGCCGAGCUCACGAGCACAUUCGCGGAGCUCACGCGGCUGGGCGUGAACGCGCUCGUCACGGAGAUUGAUAUCGCGUUGACAUCGGAUAGCGAGGAGGAUCUGAGGAUGCAGGCUGCUAUCUGGGGAGACUACGUCGACGUGUGUCUAUUUGCUAGCAACUGCCACGAGUUCAUCAGCUGGGACACGCGCGACAAUGUGAGCUGGCUUGGAGAGGGUGUCUUCGGGACGCUCCAUGACAAGAAUGGUGUCCCGAAGCCCGCGGCGUACGAGGUGGCCGCGCGCCUGACGCGCUUCGCGCGCGGUGGGAAGGAGCUGUGCGCGACUGCACUGGGGGCUGAGUCGUGCAGGGUCGGAUGA